AUGCAGAAAGGCGGCUCAGCGACCGGGCGGCUCGGGUGCACAGCGGCUCGGCUCCCGGGCGGCUCGGCGGCUGGGCGGCUCGGGCGCAGGGCGGCUCGGCUCCCGGGCGGCUCGGCGGCUGGGCAGCUCAGGGGCGGGGCCGUCACGUGCAGCGGCGGGUCGACCGGUGCAGUGGCGGGCCGGCAGGUGCAGCGGCGGGCCGGCAGGUGCAGCGGCGGGCCGGCAGGUGCAGCGGCGGGCCGGCAGGUGCAGGCGGCGGGCCGUAGGGUGCAGCGGCGGGCGGUAGGGUGCAGCGGCGGGCCGGCAGGUGCAGCGGCGGGGCCGUCAGGUGAGGCGGCGGGCCGGCAGGAGCAGCAGCGGGCCGAAGGGUGCAGCGGCGGGGCCGUCAGAGGCGGCGGGCCGCUGGGUGCAGCGGCGGGCCGGCAGGUGCAGCGGCGGGCCGGCAGGAGCAGCGGCGGGCCGGCAGGAGCAGCGGCGGGGCCGUCAGGUGAGGCGGCGGGCCGGCAGGAGCAGCGGCGGGUCGUAGGGUGCAGUGGCGGCCCGUAG